AUGCACUUCAAAACCAUCCUCGCUCUCACCGCUCUCGCCUUCACUGCCGGCGUUCACGGCACUGCUAUCCCCGUCGCCGACGGCAAGGGCGUUAAACACCACGACCAUGGCUAUGGUAAAGACGGCUAUGGCAAGGACGGCUACGGCUAUGGCAAGGAUGGCUAUGGCACCUACGGCUAUGGCAAGGACGGCUAUGGCACCUACGGCUAUGGCAAAGACGGCUAUGGCAAGUACCAAAGUCACGACGUAAACAAGUACGACCAUGGCAAGGACGGCUAUCGUAACUACGGCAGAUUCGACUACGGCAGGUACGACUACGGCAGGUACGACUACGGCAGGUACGGCCACGGCAAGUACGACGGGUACGGCCAUGGCGGAUAUGGCGGGUACGGCCAUGGCGGGUAUGGCGGGUACGGCCAUGGCGGGUAUGGCGGGUACGGCAAGUCGGACUACAGCAAGCACGGCCACUAG